AUGCCACGAGGGCGCCACGACGUUGUACUCAUCACAUGCUCACGUCCCAACGGAAAACUCCUCGGCGGCCUGCAUAUCCCGACAGAAGGCCAUUUAGCUUGCCUCUUUCCCCCGGGCGCCGACGUCGAUCUUGACCGACUCUUUGGGAAACGUUGGAACAAGAAGAAGACUCUGCAAGUGCCGCACGACACGCCAGAAAAAAAGCCACUACCUAGCUACUGGUCGAGUCAUCACCACGGCAGGUGGACGUCAGAAACCCUCCGCUCCAUGGAAAAGGCCUCACACCACGCCUUCUACUGCGCCAAGUUGGUGGGGCAUCUUGGGCCUUUCGCUCCCUCGCCUCCGUUCCAUGCCACGCGAGCACCUGUCACAGCGGCCGUGGGCGUCCGCGCCGGCACCGGCAUUGGGGGGCUGAGUGGGCAUGGCUCGGGGAGGGGCACCCUCGGCGAGGCGAGUCGAGAGAGGGGGGUCUUCCUCUGGGCAAAACCACGCAUGUGCCUUGCAGGUCGUGGCGGCCCUGGGGUCCGAAAAGAUCUAGACCGUAAACCGAAGGGUGCGUUCCACCGCGUUGCGGAGACCCUCUUCUCUGCCGUCGAACUGCCAAGUGGCGGUCGACGGAGAGGGGAGUGCAGCGCCUUGGAGGGGUAA